GUCCAUGUGUGUGUGUGUGUGUGUGUGUAUUUGUGCGUUUGAAUGUGUGUAUGUGCGAUUGUGUGUGUGUAUGUGUGUACGUGUGUGCUUAUGAGGUGAGUACGUACCGAUACGGACCUCCUCCCGCUUCCAAUUGAAACACACACACACACACACACACACACACUCAAACACAAGUAGGCGCGCGCACUGCCAUCCGCCGAGAGACCAAGCCGUGUCUGCGUUGAACCGAAGCGACCACGCGGACGCUCGCCCGAGCUGUUUUCCUUUUAUUUUUCCUUUAAGAGCCCCCACAAUGAGCGAAAGAGAGAGAGAGAGAGAGAGAGAGAGAGAGAGAGAGAGAGAAAAUGAAAGAGACAAAGAAACAGACAGUCAGAGAGACGGGGAGAGGGGUGCUCACUUUAGUUUAUGUUAUAAUUAUGUCCUUUUUGUUUUAAUAAUACCGAUUUACCACCCGCCCGCGGAUUUAAGAGAGAGAAAGAGAGAAAGAGAGAGAGAGAGAGAGAGAGAGAGAGAGAGAGAAAGAGAGAGAGAGCGAUGAAUCCGCGGGAUUCGGAAGCCGGAUGAAAAACUGGUGUUUGGUGAAUGAAGUGGAUGGCUGCGAAGGGAAGGAGGGGGGAACGAGUGGUAGCGGGUGGUGAAGGUCAAAAGAUCAGUCACUUUCCCCCAACCACCCUCCCUUCCUUCCCUUUCGUUGUUCGCGGAUAUUUUCGCGAUCGUACAGCGACCCUCGCCACCAGUCCACCCGCCCUCGUCCGGUUCGGUAAAUCGGUCUCAAAAGGAAAACAGCUCGCCAAGCGAUGGACAGUAGUGGGGUUUUUUUUUUCCCGGAUGGUUCCACCAACCUCCAACCCUACUCGCAUCGUACGGCGACCGAGGGCGUCUUGCUCGGGUUCAGCGCACACAGAUUCGCGGACCAGCGAAAUUUGCUGCGAGCGAGCGAGCGAGCAGCAGCAGCAGCAGCAACAAACAAGUAUGAGUGAUUCUGGAAUCGCCGGUAGCUAAAAGUGAUUUUUCCGGGUCCGACCGGGAAGGAUUGGGUUGUGUUCCUCUUCUCCAUUCGCAUGGUUCUUCAUGAGUAACGAGCGUGGUAAGAGCCAGAAUGGAAUGUGCAAAUGGGAGAAUGGGCGGGGAGAAGAGGGAAACAAACCGACCAGCGGCGAACCCGGAAAAUUCCUAAAGAACGAAUGAAAAUUGCAGUACAGAAAAACGAAAGAGAAACAGAGAACGAGAGACCGAGAAAGAGAAAAGGAAAGAGAGAGAGAGAGAGAGAGAGAGAAAAGGAGAGCGACAAGAAUAAGAGAGAAAGGGAGAGCGAAAGAGAGACGAGAAGAGCGAACAGAUAAUUCAGGAUAUUUUUAAGUGUCCUUUUAUACUGGAAUAAAAUUUUUACG